CUGGGGCCAAGGGGUUGGCCCAGCUGGGGACUAGAACAGAGACCCAGGAGCCUCUGGCUCCUGUUUCAGAAUGUGAUCCUGCCACGUCGGUCACUGCCAGCUCAGGUUUGUCUCCUCCGGGUGAAUGCGGCCUCAGGGGGCUGUCUUCGUGGUCCUUCCCCACCUGGGGCUCAUCCUGGUCUGGCUGUUCACCAGCAACCAGAUGUCGGGAUGGUGUGAGGGCCCCCGGAAGCUGGCCUGGUGCCCACCAUACAAAGUUGUACUGCUCGUGUGGACCACCAUCUUCUUCAUCAUUGGCUAUGGCUCUUACCUGGUGUGGAAGGACCUGGGAGGGGGCUUUGGGUGGCCCCUGGCACUGCCCCUCGGCCUCUAUGCCAUACAGCUCGCUGUCAGCUGGACCGUCCUCAUUCUCUUCUUUGAAGCCCACAGCCCUGGUCUGGCCCUGCUGCACCUGCUGCUGCUGUAUGGACUGGUGGUGAGCACAGCACUCAUCUGGCACCCCAUCAACAAGCUGGCCGCCUUGCUCCUGCUGCCUUACCUGGCCUGGCUCACUGUGACAGCUGCCAUCACCUAUCGCCUGUGGAGGGACAGCCUCUGCCCAGAGAACCACCCUGGGCCCACAGCAGAAGAGCCUCUGAGGCCCUAGGACAAGGGAGAAAAGGGAGAGCAGGGAGAGCACGGCAGUGGUAAGAACAUAACAGUGUGACUUGAUAUGAGACAGCAGGAGAGACCGUGUGUGUCUAGACUCAAGUUCACAGACUGCCCGUUCCAGUGAUGGAGAUCAAACUCUGCAAGUGAUGGUCUGCAAGUGGGCAAAAGCCCAAGGUCAAGGCUGAAGACUGUGAGCGAGGGUCUGCAGUUGGGCAACUGUCCAAGGCCUCAGAACUAGGUGCUUUAGGAUAUCCUUGAGUCAGUCACACACUGACUUCUGCAACUGGAUCACAGUGUUGCUUCCUGAUCAUCCAGCACUGGCUGAUGUACAGCAACAUGGGACUUGACUGUCAACAUUUGCACCACAUCAACUGCUGUAAUUUGACUCCCCAAGCAUUUCAAUAAAAGCUCAAGGCAGCGUGCCUCCUA